GCAGGCAUUAGCGAUAAUUCAAAUAAGUUACUUAAAUAGAGAUUAAAGAAUGGAGAAUUAUUCUUGUUUUUGGAAUGGUAGUGGAGGAUGAGUUCAGAAAGUUAAAAUAUGUGCAUAAUUUGAAAAGGCAUAUUUCUUUUUUUAGUGUCCAAAAAUUUAUGAGGAAGUCGGAAAAAUGUCAUUAAAAUAAACUAAAUUAAUCAGAAGAAAAUGUACUGUAUCAAGAGUUGAAUUUCAUCUCAUAUGAUACCUAUGUAGACGAAAUAAAGAGAAAGACGAAAUUGAAGGGAAGACGAAAGUGUUAAUUAUCUAAUGGAGAAUUAGAACAGAUUAACUGCACCUAAAAAGGAAUAUGAAAUAAGAACAUACAUAAAAACAGAAUAAUACUUGGUCAUAAAGCACACAGCCGACACUUAUAUCUAUUUAAGUACAAAAUACCUUGAAUGUGUACAAUCUUGCCAUUUUAUUUGGAAUUGCUGAAACUGAACUCAAAAAUUUUUUUGUGUCAAGAUUAACAGUUAAAAGCUUAAUAUCCAAAAUAAAAUAAAAAAUUCAAAGAAUUAUCUUAGAGAGGGCGGCUCUUGGUCUCAUAGACUGCAUGCUCUUGUGAACGUUGCAAAAUUUGUGUGAUCCGGACGGGGAAUUCAGCGGAAUGGGACGAGACGAUGCUAAUGGGGAUUUCGUCUUUCCUUCCGAGCAAUUCAAAAGUCAGGCCUUGAUAUCUUCUUUCGAUCAAGACUUGAACGCCAAAUAAUCGAAUCACCAACUGGGAACAUUACAGCUCUAUAGCCACGGAUCUCUGCCAAGCUUUGAGAACAUUAAUGAUUUCAUUCAUUAAUAGAGAUCCCAAAUAGAGACCUUAGGAGGACGACAUCCUGGGUUGCUCCUAACUGAGAAAUAUUUCUCAAUAGAGGGUUGGGUCAAUCCAGGUCAAUCGUAGAGGAUAAGAUUGGAAGAUUCAAGAAGCUUCAGUUGUCAUUAUUAAAGGAGGUCGAUCCUGCCACAUUUGUAACGAUUGAUGAUUAUUAUGGUUUACUUCAACACUUCCAGAAUUCUCUGCAAAUAUGGGAUUGACACAGGAUGACACCCUUGUGAAGGUUGUUUGGACAUAGCCCCAGUCAGCCAUUAGUGAUUACAGACUAGCUGGGUCAGCGAAUAUUAUACAGCAGCAGUGUGGGCGGCAUUUUCAAGGAGAAGGCUUGAACAUCUCAAGAAUUUUGCAGGGUCUCUGACUAUUGGUUAUUGCUGUAGUCUUUUUGAAGGACAGCGCUACACUCUCAGUCAGCUAUAUUGCCCACUGCGUGGUCCAAUCCUCAGUCUGAUUGCUGGCAGCAUUGAUUCACAGUGUUACCAGACCCUGACUUCUGUGAUCUGCCUUAAAGGGUAUUGCUGUUAACAAAGGAAUGUCAGCCUGGGCGAGAAUUUGUUAGAGUCGAUCUUCCGCUGUAACCUGCACACAACUGUGGCCAAAAAUUCCCAAGUAUUGUGACUUGUAUCGUGCUAUGUACAAUAGAUCUAUCCAGGAUCCAGCUGGUUUUUGGGCUGAUAUUGCAUCUCAAUUUCACUGGAAUGCUAAAUGGGACUCAAAAAUUUGCUCUCAGAAUUUUGAUGUGCGCAAUGGACAAAUAAAAGUUGAGUGGUUCAAAGGUGGAGUUACAAACAUAUGCUAUAAUGCAUUAGACAGAAAUAUUAAGGCCGGAAAAGGAAAUGACAUUGCAAUUUAUUGGGAGGGAAAUGACCCUGGUUGUGAUGAAUGUUUAACCUAUAAUGAACUGCAUAUGAAGGUUUGCCAGCUUUCCAACUACUUGAAAGAUGUCGGUGUCAAGAAAGGAGAUGCAGUGGCAAUUUAUUUGCCCAUGUUAACAGAACUGCCAAUAGCAAUGCUGGCCUGUGCUCGCAUUGGUGCCAUUCAUUCGGUUGUAUUUUCUGGAUAUUCAGCUGAUUCCCUUGCUCAACGAAUUGUAGACUGCAAACCUAAAGCAGUCCUAACCUGCAAUUCUGUUAAACGGGGUGCAAAAAUAAUCGAUCUGAAAAAAACAGUUGAUGAUGCUCUGGAAGAAGCAUCCAAAAAUGGAGUUUAUGUAGGUGUUUGUUUAACAUAUGCAAAAGAGUUUGCAUUAAACAAAGAAAAGACACCAUGGAAGAAAGGAAGAGAUGUGUGGUGGCAGGAAGCAGUUUCAAACUACUCAACGACAUGUGAAGUUGAAUGGGUUGAUGCGGAAGAUCCACUUUUUCUUUUAUAUACAAGUGGUAGCACAGGGAAGCCAAAGGGCGUUCUGCACACUACUGGUGGGUACAUGGUUUACUCGGCCACAACCUUCAAAUAUGCUUUUGAUUACAAGCCAAGCGAUGUAUACUGGUGUACAGCCGAUUGUGGAUGGAUCACUGGACAUAGCUAUGUAACAUACGGUCCUCUUCUAAAUGGAGCAACGAUUGUGAUUUAUGAAGGAGUACCAGACUACCCUAAUCCAGGACGAUGUUGGGAAAUUGUUGACAAAUACAAAGUUACAAUUUUCUACACUGCACCAACAUUAGUGCGUUCUCUUAUGCGAUUUGGAGAUGAGUAUGUUCAAUGUCAUUCACGAAAAUCAUUGCGAGUUUUGGGAAGUGUUGGAGAGCCCAUUAAUCCAGCAGCAUGGAGGUGGUUUUACAACAUUGUUGGAGAUGGUCGUUGUCCUAUAUCUGACACUUGGUGGCAAACUGAGACCGGUGGUUUCAUGAUUACCCCUAUACCAGGUGCUUGGCCACAGAAGCCUGGUUCGGCAACUCUUCCUUUCUUUGGUGUUGAGCCUGCUGUUGUAGAUAAAAAUGGAGUUGAAAUUAAAGGAGAAUGCAGUGGCCAUUUGUGCAUAAAGAAGUCAUGGCCUGGUUGUUUCAGAACUCUUUAUGGUGAUCAUGAAAGAUAUGAAACAGCAUACUUUAAACCCUUUAAAGGUUAUUACUUCAGUGGUGAUGGGUGUAACAGGGACAAAGAUGGUUACUAUUGGUUAACUGGACGUUUGGAUGAUGUUAUCAAUGUCAGUGGGCAUCGUAUUGGUACAGCAGAGAUAGAAUCUGCUCUUGUUUCACAUGUACACUGUGCUGAAGCAGCUGUGGUUGGGGUAGAGGAUGAGGUUAAAGGUCAAAGUAUUUACGCUUUUGUGACAUUGGUUGAAGGUGUUCAAUCUAGCAAUGAGCUUUGUGAAAGGCUUAAAUCAACUGUUCGAAAUCAGGUUGGAGCUUUUGCUAUUCCAGAUACAAUACACUGGGCUCCGGAUCUACCCAAGACUAGAAGUGGAAAAAUUAUGAGAAGAAUACUGCGAAAGAUUGCUUCAAGGCAAUUGGGUGAACUUGGUGAUACCAGCACACUAGCAGACCCAGGUGUAGUUGACCAGUUGAUUGGUGGUUUGAAGAAAAUUUCAAAAUUGUGAUACGACUAUGUUCUCUUUCUUUUGGUGCAUGUGAUCCAAAUUCAAAUUUUGUUUUUGACACAUUUGUCCUGAUUAUAGUGGUUUUCAGCAAAAUUAAAAAAUUGAAUCCAACUUCAUUCUCUUUCUUUUGAUGUAUAUGUUUAUUUGUUCACAGAUAUUACCUCUCUUGUAAUUUUUUUAUGCUUUUGAGAGUAAUCUUUAUAAUUAGAAGUAGAACCUGCAUGAACUCCAUGUAGAAUGGUUUUGGCAGCAUUAGUUUUUGCUGUAGAUCCCAUUUAUUCGAUCAGUUUAAUAACUGUUUUUAUGGGUCAUAGAUUCAUCUGUAUGCAAGAUGUACAUUUUUUCCAUUAA